AUGGACCUACAUACGCCAAAGGAACCUCCUCCCGAGCCAGCCAUGCUACAGGCCCGCUAUCUCCUCAAGUCUACUGCCAUUACGACAGCCGAUGAGACUACAGCACUGGACAUCAGCCCGAAUGUCAAGGAGCAUCUCUAUCUCGUCUUCUUCGAGCACAUACAGCCAGUAUUCCCUGUCGUCACCCACACAAGUCUACAAGAUUUUCCCGUCACGCCCCUUCUCGAAAGCGUUAUCCUCGGCAUAGCAGCACGCCAUCAUCUCGCCAUUGCUUCUUGGAGAGACUACGUCCACAUACAGAAAGUGAUUGCCCAUGAGCUGAAGAGCCUCUUCAGUACACGGCAACGAUAUCAGCCCAGGAUUCAAACUGUGCAAGCUCUUCUGCUCGCGUUGACUAAGUUUGAACUCGUCACACAGGGUCACGGCGACAUUAUGUCCAUAGGAUUAAGACUUGGACUCCUCUGCAAGAUGGCUAGGGACUUGGGCCUAGACAAGACCUCGGCUGUGAUAACUGAUGGCGAAAUUCUGAACGACACCUUAUGGAGAGCAUGCCUGUUUCAAGACGCGAUCAUUUCCGCUAUGAUGGGACAGCCUCUCAAUAUCACCGUCUCGUCCGCAAGACUUGGAAAGGUGCAAAGCGACUCUAGGGUCUCAGAAGGCAGAUUUUUUGGUGACGCUGUGGAGGCUUCUCACUGUCUCCGAUCACUGCUAAGAACGGUCUAUGCAAGCAGACCUAUUGAUGCAGACAUUAUCCAGAACUGCGAGCAAGUCGUUCAACAGAUACACCGCUACGGGACAGACCUGAGUUUUGAACAAAGCCACUACUCUAAAAGCGAAUACCGAGCGCUUUGCAUGUUACACCAUAACAACCGCCUCCUUUUUGUACUCGGACUUGCCGCCCUGACAAACACAUCAAGUCAUUCCAAAGAGCUCUCCCUUAUUUUGGCACAAGAAGCAGCUUCAACUAUUCCAGAAGCCUGUCAGACACUUACGUGGUUCAGCAUUGAAUUUUAUCUCGACAUGGCUUCUCGAUUCAAUCAGCUACUAUACUGCGCUUCAAGGGCCUUGAUGCUUGUCGUGGAUGUCCUCCUUGAGGCUCGGAGGACACACAACUCUUCCAAGGAGUUUAUCCGAGAGCUGGAGAAUGCCGUCUCAUUGGCCACCUCGUUGAAGAACUUUCUACUCAAAGACACGUCAUGGGGUGCCCACUGGUCUCAAGGACAUACACUUGCAGCCGUGCUUGCUCGCCUUCACCAGACGGACUCUCCACGUCGACAUAUACCAGUUGAGGUGAAGAACGUCAUGCGUCUUCAAACAAUUGACCAAGGAGACAUUCACAACACCGAAGCCAUGGACGUUCCGCGAGAUGUAGAUGACGUCUUCUACAGUGAAGAAUUUCUCAACAACGUGCUCUUCAACUCUACAGACUGGGAUUCCGUACUGAUGCAAUACGAAGAGAGUUAUCCUCAGCCCGCAUGGUGA